AAAGACAGAAAUGAAAUGCAAACCUGAAUGCAACCUGAAAGGUCCAAAUAGAUGAGUUUGUGACAUCCUUUCCCGGAGCCCAGGGACUCCACAUACCCCAGCUGUGCCUCCUCAAUUUUAAACAACGCUGGUUUUAAGACUAUCCAACCUCAAAUUUCAAAGGAAUACUUGGCCUGUUCCACAGAAAGUAAUUGGAGCCAGCUGCAUGUCAGGAUGCGAGUAGUUACUAUUAUAAUACUACUUUUUCUGUGUAAAACUGCUGACUUGAGGAAGACAAGAAAUGGGAGCUUCAGAAACAAAGUGAAUAAUGGAAAGACAAGCAGGUUAAGGAAAGCAUCUAGCACAGUUAAGCGCUAUGCCCCAGGGCUGCCUUGUGAUAUAUAUACUUAUCUUCAUGAGAAAUACUUGGAUUGCCAAGAAAGAAAACUAAUGUUUGUGUCACCUAGUUGGCCUGAGGAUUUAAAACACAUGCUGCUAGCAAGAAACAGAAUUCGCAAAUUGAAGAAUAAUAUGUUUUCCAAGUAUAAACUAUUGAAAAGUCUGGAUUUACAACAGAAUGAAAUAGCAAAAAUUGAGAGUGAGGCUUUUUUUGGCUUAAGUAAACUUACCACACUUUUACUUCAGCAUAACCAGAUCAAGAUUUUAUCAGAGGAGGUUUUUAUUUACAUGCCCUUCCUAAGCUACCUACGUCUUUAUGAUAAUCCAUGGCAUUGCACCUGUGACCUGGAAACUCUUAUUACAAUGCUGCAGCUUCCAGCAAACAGGAAUUUGGGAAAUUAUGCCAAGUGUGCACUUCCAACAGAACUGAAAGAUCAAAAACUAAAGCAAAUAAAAAUUGAACAUCUGUGCAGCGAGGAGGAAAGAUUGCACCCUAAAAGUAUAGUAAAAAAGCCUAAAAUUGCCAAACCAGAAUUUGAUUCCUCUCUCUGCCACAUUUAUGUGUUUCCUGUACAAACACUGGAUUGCAAAAGAAAAGAGUUAAAGAAAGUUCCAGGUAACAUACCUCCAGAUAUUGUUAAACUCGAUAUGUCCAACAAUAAAAUCAAACAACUGCAAGCUAAGGAGUUUGAAGAUGUUAGCGAAUUGAAGAUACUAAACCUCAGCGGUAAUGGAAUAGUUUAUAUAGAUCCUGCUGCCUUUUCAGGGCUCAUUAAUUUAGAGGAACUAGAUUUAUCAAACAACAGCCUGCAAAAUUUUGAAUAUGGAGUAUUAGAAGAUCUGUAUUUUUUGAAAUUACUGUGGCUUCGAGAGAACCCUUGGAGAUGUGAUUACAACAUUCAUUACCUUUUUUACUGGUUAAGGCAUCACUACAGUGUUCACUACAAUGGUCUGGAAUGCAAAAUGCCUGAGGAAUACAAAGGGUGGUCUGUUGGAAAAUACAUUCGGAGUUAUUAUGAGGAGUGUCCAAAAGACAAGCUACCAGUUUAUCCAGAAACAGACAAAGAGGAUGAGGAGUGGGAACGACACAAAGAACAAUCGGUUCAAACAAUAAAGAAGCAUGGUGUGAUUGUCACUGUAAUUGGCUAAUUAGGAAAUUUGUUUUAUUACUAGAUUCAACAAGUAUUUGAUACAUUUGUCAGAAAAAAAAUCCUAUUGUUUACAUUUUGUUGAUUGGGUUGAUUGUCCAUAAAGGAAUAUUUGCCUACAAAGAUUUCUUUUUUCCAUUUACUAAUUACAUGGUGGCAUCAGUUAUAGAACAUCAUUUAUAAACUAUUUCUGAUAAUUUGUUUUGGAUCAGUCUCAUCAAGUGUCUGGAUAUCUAUUUGAACCUGCACAAGAUAAAUGGAUAGACAUAGCUAUAAAUCUGUGUUGGAAAGGAGCUGUUUUGUAUAAACCAAGGAAAAGAUCCUGCAAUUUGAUCUACCUGAGUAGAUGCUGCUUCUGCAUGGAACUCACUGCAGCAUUGGGACCAACUCUCUUCUCUGCUGAAUGUAUUGCCAUUUCUUUACCUUUCAGUUCCAUGAACUUCAUGGCAAUGUUCUGUAAUUUUUUUUUAUAUCAGCUGUCUUGUAUGUGGUAUCAUAAAAAAUCCAAUUGUAGUCUAAAGUGAAAUAGAGUUCAGUGAAUGCUGUGCUGGUACAGAGAUGCCUAGUGAUUAGGAUAUAAGACUGUGACUCAAGAGACUUGGGUACUGUUAUAUGCUCUGGUACAGAUUUCCUAUCUGACCAUGGGCAAAUCACUUAGUAUCUCCAGGUCUCAGUUCCCCCAUCUGCAAGCAGAGAUAAGCAGUACUUCCUUACCUCACAGGAUGUUAUAAAAACAGUUAUAUUAAAUGUUAUCAGGUGUUCCAAUACUAUGGAAAUGAGGCUUCACAAGUACCCUAGACAGGUAGUGAAUACCUCUCAGGGAAACGACUCUUGCUGGAUGUUCUCAGUAAAGAGAACGUCCUUAUAUAAACAUUAUUUUAUUGACUGAUAGCAUUCAGCAUUUAUAUAAUGCUUCUUGUUUUCAAACUUCCAGAUUAACUAACAAACAACAGGUCUUAAAGACAAGCAUGGCAGUCCCCGUUUUAUAGGUAAGAAGCUCAAGCCUAUGCAAGUGGAUCAGGAGCAUGAUCAGAACUCAGGCUUUCCCAGUGCAAACUCUAAAACACGAUUCCUCUUUGCCAUCCACAAGAGUUAUGCUGGUGUUCAGGCAACAGAAUCAGGGUAUUAGAGUACACUGCUUCUACAAAAGCUUCAAGCUUCAAAACUUCAUAAAAGGACCAUCAGUUGAAUCAAUCGCCUGUCUCCAAUUGCUCAAAACCUUUAUAGAGAAAUUAUUUAAAGAAAAGGAAAGAAUCUCUAUUAACAGAGAACAUGAAAUCGAAGGCUCACAAGGAGUGACAAUGCCCUACAGGCAAAGCCUUCAUCAUGGACAUAGUUCAACCAAUGACAUUUUAAGAUGUAAGGAGAUAAAGACAGGCUCCUACAACAACACCUAAAGAAAGCCAGAAAACUGGAGGUGGUAUCUGUUAAGAUUUUUGAGAAUCUAAGAAAAAUAUAAAAUAAAGAAAUACUCUUCUUUGCCCUUAAAAUAA